GCGGCCGCUGCCGCAUCCGGGCACUCGGCGGGUCGCAGCGAGCACUGUGGUGGCGAGGUGAGGCGACAGCGGCCAAGCGUCCAGUCCUGGACUCGGGGUCUCAGCGGCGCGGCUUGGCGACCUCCGUCCCUGCCGCGAUCGCGACGCCUCCCCCUCCCGAAUCAGAAUGGAGCAAAAGAAAUAUCUCCAAGCAAAACUGACCCAGUUUUUAAGGGAAGACAGAAUUCAACUUUGGAAACCUCCAUAUACAGAUGAAAAUAAAGAAGCUAGUUUGGCAUUGACGGACCUCGCUAAGAAGUACGCGGACAAGCUAAAAUGUCAUGGAAAUGAAGUAGAAAAGAUACUAGAAGAAAUACGUUGCAAAGCAAUCGAGCGUGGCACAAGAAAUGAAAAUUUUAAGACAAAAGGAAUUGCCACGAUUGAGGUAUUUCUACCUCGACAGCGAAGAAAAGAUAGGAACACCCUGUUGGAGACCCGAUUGCACGUUAGUGGCAAAGAACUGAGGUCUAAAAUAGCUGAAACCUUUGGAUUUCAAGAAAAUUAUAUCAAAAUUAUCAUAAAUAAGAAACAACUUCAACUAGGGAAAUCACUUGAGGAACAAGGAGUGACACACAAUGUGAAAGCUAUGGUGCUGGAACUAAAACAGUCUGAAGAAGAUGCAAGAAAGAGCUUCCAGGUUGAAGAAGAAGAGCAAAACGAAGCCAGACUAGAAGAACAAACAAUUGCGAGGACUAGGAGAGGACUUGAGAUACUGGCAGAGAGAGCUGAGAUGGUGGUAGACCCAGAAACCACACCAUACUUAGACAUAGCUAACCAGACAGGCAGAUCAAUCAAAAUUCCUCCGUCAGAAAAAAAAGCUCUCAUGUUAGCUAUGGGAUAUCAUGAGAAGGGCAGAGCUUUCCUGAAAAGAAAACAAUAUGAACUAGCCUUGCCAUGUCUGUUGGAUGCUGACAAAUAUUUCUGUGAGUGUGGCACAGAGCUACUGGAUACAGUGGAUAACUAUGCGGUGCUCCAGCUGGACACAGUAUGGUGUUACUUCCACUUGGGACAACUGGAAUGCCUUGACGAUGCAGAAAAAAAAUUAAACUCGGCACAGAAAUGCUUUAAAAAAUGUUAUGGAGAAAAUCAUCAGAGACUGGUCAACAUAAAAGGAAAUUGUGGGAAAGAGAAGGUACUGUUUUUAAGACUUUACUUGCUUCAAGGUAUCCGAAAUUAUCACAGUGGAAAUGGUGAAGAGGCUUGUGAAUAUCUCAACAAGGCGCAUCGGCUCUUUACAGAGCUAUGUAUUGAUCCAUCAAAAUUUCACAGUUUGUUGCAGUUGGGGUUCACUGCCCAGGAAGCCCGGCUGGGCCUCAGGGCCUGUGACGGGAACGUGGACCACGCAGCCGCCCACAUUACCCACCGCAGAGAGGAAUUGGCCCAAAUAAGGAAAGAGGAACAGGAGAAGAGAAAACGCCGCCUGGAGAGUGUCAACGUCUUGAAAACAAUGGGCUACUCCACCCACGCAGCCAGGCAUGCCCUCCGUCAGGCCAGGGGGGACCUGGACGAGGCCCUGAAGACUCUUCUCAGUAAUCCUCAGAGGUGGUGGCUCAAUAAUUCCGAUCCUGAAACCAACCAUCAUCAAGAAAGUCCUUCCCAGGAAAAUAUUGACCAACUGGUGUACAUGGGCUUCGACACUGGAGCUGCCACCGCUGCCCUCAGAGUGUUCAGGGGGAACGUCCAGCUGGCAGCGCAGACCCUGGCUCUCAACGGAGGCAGUCUCCCUUCUGACCUGCAGCUCGUGGCGGAAGACUCGUCGUCAACCCCAUCCACAUCCCCUUCUGAUUCGGCAGGUACCUCGAGUGCCUCAACAGAUGAAGAUAUGGAGACAGAGGCAGUCAAUGAAAUAUUGGAUGAUAUUCCAGAACACGAGGAAGAUUAUCUGGACUCAACUCUGGAAGAUGAGGAAAUUAUUAUUGCGAAGUACUUAUCCUACGUAGAAAAUACAAAGUCAGCAACAAAGAAAAACUAAAUAGUGAACAGAAAUAAGUACUAAGUUUCUGCUUAUAAAUUCUAUCAUUAUGCAAAAUGUA